AUUGUAUUUGUAAAUAAUUCGACACUAACUCCAUCAUGGUGAGAGUCCGCCAUUUUAAUUUCUGUAUCGGGUGGAGUAAAUAAAAAUAUAUAUAUAGUUAAAUAAAUAAAAGUUUAAUAAUAUUAAGUAUUUAAUGUGUAAAAUAUCAAAGAUAAUAUAUUUUAUGAAUAUAUAAUGAUUGAGCGGUGAUUUUAAUUAUAUGUUUUAAUUAAUAAUUAAAUUUGAAAACAUGGCUAACCAUUACGAGGUCCCGAACUGGGCUGGAAAGCCUCCAGUUGGAUUGCACUUGGACGUUUUGAAAGGUGACAAGUUAAUUCAGAAACUGAUGGUAGAUGAAAAAAAAUGCUAUCUGUUCGGACGGAAUCAACAGUUGAAUGACUUUUGCAUCGACCAUGCGUCAUGUUCGCGUGUGCAUGCGGCUCUUGUUUAUCACAAACAUUUAAAUCGAGCUUUUUUAGUUGAUCUUGGUAGUACGCAUGGAACAUACAUUGGAAGUCUGAGACUAGAAGGAAAUAAACCGACUCAACUGCCCAUUGAUAGCACAUUUCAUUUUGGAGCAUCAACGCGAUAUUAUAUUAUACGCGAAAGACCGCAGACGGGAGCGAGGACGAUUAUGGAGGAGUUGGAAAAAUCUUCUGAUGAUGUUGAUGCUGGUGGUUUGCUUGGAUUACCUGAGACUGAAACGGAACUUGAUAAUUUAACGGAAUUUAAUACUGCGCACAAUAGAAGAAUAUCAAUGUUAGGAAUAACUGAUGAUGAUGUACAUAAAUCGACUAGAAAACGCAAAAAGAAAGGAAUUACAUUCAAUGAUGAUGAAGAAGUCAUUAACCCAGAAGACGUUGAUCCGUCUGUUGGACGUUUCCGCAACCUCGUGCAGACGACAGUGGUACCUAGCAAGAGAAUGAGGCUUGAAGGAGGACUGAUAUCUCUGUCAGAUGACGUCCAUCACCACCAUCAUCAUCAUAUGAAACACUUUCAGCCAAUAAAUACCUCGCACCUGUACCAGGAUUUACCCCCAGAGCAAUACACGCCGUCGUCGCAUACAAACAAUCCUUACUCGUCGCUGACGUCGGUUACCUCGCGGCUGGGUAUCGCGUUACCGAACCCUGCCCCAGAUGUCGACAUGACGCCGAGUCAGAUGCAGCAGGACGUGGUGCCUCCGAUACCAGAGAUACCCGCGACCGCGGAAACGCUCGCUCACGAGCCCAAGAAGAAGAAGUACGCGAAAGAAGCAUGGCCAGGAAAGAAACCUCUGCCUACUCUUUUGGUGUAAACCAAUAGAGCGAUUGUCAAUAAUUAUAUAUUUAAUUAAAUAUAAUUAUCAAUGAAUUAUAAAUUUGACAUGUAAAUAUAUAUUAUUUCAUUAUACAAUA